UUACGGAUGACUAUGACAAAUACACAGACAAAAAAAUAUGUUACAAAUGAUGACAGCAAACAUGAUCCAUAUUCAAUUCAGGUUCGUGAGUUGUGCUCAAUGCAUUCCGCUUCCGAGCGACGAAUCAUUGCAUUUGAACGAAAUCUUCAGAAGGCAGUGGCCCGAAUUCGGAAAGAAAUGGGUAUCGAGGGUUUCUAUCCAGAGCAGCUAAAACAGCUACUGGACGUUCGAGAUUCUAUCCAUAAUCCACGAAAGAAUGGAAUCGCCACUUUACGACAGUGUUCCCUGUCCGGUAUUCCACAACCAGAACCGUGGCUGGACGUCAUUCGUUCACAAGUAGGUGACUUUCCACUGGUAGUACGAUCCGUUCGUCAUCAACCUGUGCAGGAUAUUUUGCAUACAGAACGUGAAUUUCGACAAUGGCUUAGGGACAAUUCUACCGUUGAUCUGUCCGGUGAAUACGUGGUGCAGGAGUUCAUCGAAGGUGGCUACGAUUUUACAGCGUUAUGUACAGCGAAAGGUGGACUAAUCGCUUGUGCCGCUUCGAUUGAAACUCAUCGGACAAUUCUCGAAUGUGUCCAAAAUCAGUUGCCUUACGCGAUACAGUUGUUCUCUGUCGAACAAACCAGGGAUAUUUUACCAGGUGUGGAGUCGUUCACUACUCAGGUAAUUAAAGCGACCUUUUCCAAUAGUUACGUUGGUGCGAUAUUUAUCAAGGGAUUCUAUAAGGAUCAUAAUGACAUAUUCUUUCUUGGUUGUACGUUAGAACCAGAAUCGGAUACGUUACGAACGCUGUUUGCUAUGUCACCAACUGUUUCAUGGGAGACUAAUGGCAUUACCGCAUCGCCGUCGGUGCAUCACUGUGUUGUGAACUUUCCGAGGGCAGAAGGAGUGCUGAUCCAUCAGACCUCGAUUCCAAAAAGACCGACAAGCGAAAUGCGUGUGGCAUGGCGAUGUGCUGAAGGACAAGAAAUGAAGAACAGCGUACACAUCGAUGAUAAUGUCGUGCAGGUGUACCUUUCGAACUCAGACCACACACGCCUAAUCGACGAAGCUCAGGACAUAAUGCAAACUACGGAUAUCACCAUCGAUCGUAAUGUGUUGCUGGAACGCCAUUCAGUCUGCCGACGUAAUCUAUCACGCCUGAAUCCACGCGAAUUAAUUCGAAGUUGUACAACAAAAGACUGA